AUGGUCUACUUUCUUCACGCAAUGUUCUACAAGAGCGAAGAUGCAGUAUUCGAUAUGUCGAAGCUGAUUGAAUUCCAAACUGCUACAGACAAGAGAUACAACAUGGCACUGCAUCUGAACGAAACCAUACUUCAACUGACUAUUGCCUGCGUGCCGUUGACGGAGAAGAAAGCAAGAGAUGAGCUGUUUACUGCGAUGGACGAGAAUGAUCUUCACAAAGACUGGUCCAAGAUGCUUGUUGUGACAAACACUGACCCUAGUGAUGUUCCAAAGCAGUAUAUCAAUGGAACCCUGACUAAAAAUUCUGGUUAA